UCUUGCCGAAUGCUGUUGUUGGAGGACCCUCCCUGCUUCAGAUUUACCAACAGCAUGAAUCAAGAAAAGUUAGCCAAACUUCAGGCUCAUGUCCAGAUGGGGGCAAGGGCACAGCUCGCAGAAAGAAAGUGGUAGUACACAGAACAGCUAUAGCUGAUGACAAAAAACUUCAGAAUUCUCUAAAAAAACUGGCUGUGAAUAAUAUAGCUGGUAUUGAAGAUGUGAACAUGAUUAAAGAUGAUGGAACAGUUAUUCAUUUCAACAAUCCCAAAGUCCAAGCUUCCCUUUCUGCUAACACCUUUGCAAUUACUGGUCAUGCAGAAGCCAAACUAAUCACAGAAACGCUUCCUGGAAUAUUAAGUGAGCUUGGUGCUGACAGCUUAACAAGUCUUAGGAAGUUAGCUGAACCAUUCCCCCGGCAAGUGUUGGAGAGCAAAGCACCAAAACCAGAAGACACUGAUGAAGAGGAUGAUGCUGUUCCAUAUCUCGUAGAAAAUUUUGAUGAAGUAUCAAAGAAUGAAGCUAACUAAAAUUUUUUCUGGAGUUUGGAAGCUGGCAUGGACUAGAUUUAACAAAUCAGCUAUGUGGUUCCAAAGCUUUACAGACAUGGAGAACAUCAACUGUUACUAGUUCAGUAAUAUAAAUAUUUUGUUUAU